UGGCCGGCCACAGGGCCGGGGUGCACAGGCGGCGGCACCAUGUUCUCCCUCAAGCCGCCCAGACCGAGCUUCAGGUCCUACCUCCUGCCGCCGCCCCAGAUUGACGAUAAGAGCAGUUCCGAACCGAAGAUUAAAAAACUGGAGCCAGUCCUUUUGCCAGGAGAAAUUGUUGUAAAUGAAGUCAAUUUUGUGAGAAAAUGCAUUGCAACAGACACAAGCCAGUAUGAUUUGUGGGGAAAGUUGAUAUGCAGUAACUUCAAAAUCUCCUUCAUUACAGAUGAUCCAAUGCCAUUACAGAAAUUCCAUUACAGAAACCUCCUUCUUGGAGAGCAUGAUGUCCCUUUGACAUGUAUUGAGCAGAUUGUGACAGUGAAUGACCACAAGAGGAAGCAGAAAGUCCUAGGUCCCAACCAGAAGCUGAAAUUUAAUCCAACAGAGUUAAUAAUUUAUUGUAAAGAUUUCCGAAUUGUCAGGUUUCGCUUCGAUGAAUCGGGUCCUGAAAGUGCCAAAAAAGGUAAUGUAUGCCUUGCAAUAGCUCAUUAUUCCCAGCCAACAGACCUCCAGCUACUCUUUGCAUUUGAAUAUGUUGGAAAAAAAUACCACAAUUCAGCCAGCAAAGUUAAUGGGGUGUCCUCAGGAGGUGGAGGAGUAUGGAGUGGAGCUGGCAGUGGCAGCAGCCAGAGAACGCCACUGUUUGAAACUUACUCAGACUGGGACAGAGAGAUCAAGAGGACAGGUGCUUCUGGAUGGAGAGUUUGCUCUAUCAAUGAGGGUUACAUGAUAUCAACUUGUCUUCCAGAAUACUUUGUUGUGCCAAGUUCAUUAGCAGACCAAGACCUGAAGAUCUUUUCCCUCUUUGUUGGAAGAAGGAUGCCAUUCUGGUGCUGGAGCCACUCUAACGGCAGUGCUCUUGUGCGAAUGGCCCUCAUCAAAGAUGUGCUGCAGCAGAGGAAGAUUGACCAGAGGAUUUGUAAUGCGAUAACUAAAAGUCAUCCACAGAGAAGUGACGUAUACAAGUUAGAUCUGGAUAAAACCUUGCCCAGUAUCCAAGAAGUACAAGCGGCAUUUGUAAAACUUAAGCAACUGUGUGUAAAUGAGCCUUUUGAAGAAACUGAAGAGAAAUGGCUGUCCUCACUGGAAAGUACUCGGUGGUUAGAAUACAUCAGGGCUUUCCUUCAACACUCAGCAGAACUUGUGUACAUACUAGAUAGCCAACAUCUCUCUGUAGUCCUGCAAGAGGAGGAGGGAAGAGACUUGAGUUGUCUGGUAGCUUCCCUUGUUCAAGUGAUGAUGGAUCCGUAUUUCAGGACAAUUACUGGAUUUCAGAGCCUGAUACAGAAGGAGUGGGUCAUGGUAGGAUACCAGUUCCUAGACAGAUGCAACCACUUGAAGAGGUCAGAGAAAGAGUCUCCUUUAUUCUUGCUAUUCUUGGAUACCACAUGGCAGCUGUUAGAGCAAUAUCCAGCUGCCUUCGAAUUCGAGACAUACUUAGCAGUGCUGUGUGACAGUACCCGGAUCUCACUGUUCGGCACAUUCCUGUUCAACUCUCCUCAUCAGCGGGUGAAGCAGAGCACGGAGUUUGCUAUCAGCAAAAAUAUUCAGUUGGGUGAUGAAAAGGGCUUGAAAUUCCCCUCGGUUUGGGACUGGGCUCUUCAGUUCACAGCAAAGGACCGGACCCUUUUCCACAACCCCUUCUACAUUGGCAGGAGCACGCCUUGCGUGCAGAAUGGCUCCAGGAAGACCUUCAAGCGCACAAAGAAAAGCUACAGCUCCACAUUGAGAGGAAUGCCGUCGUGCCUAAAGAAUGGAAUCAUCAGUGACCAAGAGCUGCUUCCGAGGAGAAACUCACUAAUACUGAAACUGAAAACAGACUCACUGCAGCACACUGACAGCCAGAAAAGUGGAGUGGAACAGUAUUUUAAAGAGUGGUUUUCCAGACCAGCCAACCUACAUGGCAUUAUCCUGCCACGUCUCUCUGGAACACACAUAAAACUGUGGAAAUUGUGCUACUUCCGCUGGGUCCCUGAGGCACAGAUCAACCUCGGGGGCUCCAUCAUGGCCUUCCACAAGCUCUCUGUGCUGGCUGAUGAGGUGGACAUGCUAGGCAGGAUGCUGAGGCAGCAUCGGAGUGGCCCUCUAGAAGCUUGCUACGCAGAGUUGGACCAGAGCAGGAUGUACUUCAGAGCUACAGGUCCACACGACACCCUGAGGACACCAGAGUUUCUCUCCUCUUCUUUUCCAUUUUCUCCUGUAGGAAAUCUGUGCAGACGCAGCAUUUUAGGGACACCAUUAAGCAAAUUUUUAAGUGGGGCCAAAAUAUGGUUAUCUACUGAGACAUUAACAAAUGAAGAGUGAACAAAGGUAUUUUCUGAACAUACUGUAAGAAGUUGUACAUUUCCCCCUAUGAACUGAAAUAGCUAAUCUAGGCACUUAAAAUGGUCAUUUUAUAUGUAAGAAAUUUGCACUAAUAUUUAAAAUUCAUUUAAUCA